AUGUUCCGCAGUCUCCCCGCUCCCCGCGGCAGCCACCGGGCCACGUUUGCCUUUGCCGAUGCCGGAAGCAGCAGUGGCAGUACAAGCACGGCUCUACUACCAAUCGCCGAGCCUCAAUCCUCGAUAGUGACAUCAGCGCUGGUGGGUGAGGUCGUGGUAGCGCCGCUGGGAGAAGUCGACGUCACUACGACAAUUAUCAAUCGAGCCCAGGGAGGAGCCCAAACAGCUCAUACUCGCUACGAUGAUACCGUGCCGCUCAAGACCCGCUAUCCUCGCAUGCCUCACCACUUCCCUCGCCCUAGUCGCGAUGACCCUGACGUCAAAGCGACCGUUGACGAUACCAGAAACAUCAUUGCUGCAAUAUUGGCCAAGACUUCAAACCCUACCACGUCUACCAAAUCUGAUAAGCCUACGACGAUGAAGAUUGCUGGUCAUGAAGUACAAGUGCUGGAGUAUAAGGUAGACCCGUUACUUCCACCGCAGUUUAAACUCGCCAAAAACCGUCAUGCGCCGCCGCCACCGCCGCCGCCAUUACUUAAACCCACUACUGACGAAACUCUUACUCCCGAGGAACGCCAACAAUGGCAGAUCCCGCUGGUGGUGUCUAAUUGGAAGAAUAAUCUUGGGUUUAAUAUUUCCCUUGAACACCGCACGCAAAUGUUGGCUAGUGCCGACACUAGUGUUAACGUUGAAGGGUUCGGUGCUCUUAACCGGGCUCUCGACGAUGCUGACACCAGUGCUCGCCAACGAUUAGCGGAAAAUAGUCUUAAAGCUCAGCAGCAAGCUCAACGCGAGCGCGAAGCCGCUGACCGCGAGCUCGACGAGUUGGCCCAGUUUGUGCGUCGCCAGCGCCAGCCCGACGACCGCCGUAAACGCUCGAGGCAUCAAUAA